AUGGAGGAUACCGACACCGUCCCGGAGAGGCAUGCGUUUCUUGGCAACUACAGGAGGUACAGCACCCAGGUCAUUGAGACCAUUGUCCAGCUGAAGCUGUCCGAUGCAGUCUAUCACGUUCUCGGCCAGGCGGAGCAGGUUUUGCAGCAUCUAUACGAUGACAGUCCACCCAUGGACGUCACGAAAUACAUCAAGUAUUCGAUGCCUGUCCUGCGUGUCGACGCGCAAUUCACCGUUAUCGAGGCCGCGCUCAAGGGCUAUAUGAAAUGGAGAGCAAGCACCACACAACAGAGUUUGCCAGACUAUGAGCAACAGCGCGCCGCCUUGGAGAGAGACUUAGAAUCUUGGUGCACCAAACUCCUUGAAAUGAAGUUUGAGGAUCCAUUGAUUCGAAAGAGAGUUUUGCAACUUUUAGUGGCCUUCUCGACCACAGCCCUCGACAAGAACCCGGGAUUCAUGCUCAAGGUUCUUGAGCACAUUCUCAUGACCUGGCCCGCUCCUCAACCGGAGCAUCGUUCCUUCAAUGAGGCCAUCAAAGACUUUCAGUCCGAAAGCAUGGUGGAAUUGCAGAGGCUCGCGUCAAAGGUGCCUGACCAUUUGCUUGCAGUAUACGACCAAAUAGAGGCACGGGUUAACGAUAUGAUCUCAUCGGGCACGUUGGAUGAGAAGCGCCAGAUUGCCUAUCAGAGCUUCCUCUUCAUCAUCAUUCACCGGGCUUCCAAUAUCGAUCCUGCCACUCAGGUCCAGCGAUUACAAGAGUUUAUCAAGCCUGUCACAUCUUCGUGGCAGAACCAGGAACUUAAGAAUUCGCUGUCUUCUUACUCGGGCUUCUGCGAGCUGCUGGCUUUGGACAAGGCCAAGAGGUAUCUGAUGAGCCAUCGUGUCCACGAGGUCAAAGACUGGGGUUCCUGCGAAUUGGAUGCUGAAGGCCUGGCUUUGCAGACCGAGCUGGAAGAGAGACAAAAGAUGUUGCCGCUUCGCCCUACGAAGUCUUUUCUCUCGUUCUCAGUCGAGAAAUUGGAGAAGUCGUCUACCCCUUUCCAAAUCUCGUAUCGCUUGUGGAAUGAUAGCUUCCCCGUGAUCCUACCAGAUCUAUUGCAGUUCCUCAGCCAUGCGCAUGCCUCGCAUAACCCGGACAACUGGACAGAACUGCCUGCCGAAACUCGAUCUGUCGUUGGUAAUGUACUCAGCGACCGUUUCUGGCAGGCGGGCAUCUCAGAGGGCAGCAAGGAUGAGUUUUACGCUCGCGUCAUGGACAAGAAAAACACUCUCGAAGGGUUAGCCUCGACUAUCCGCGGAACUGUAAGGUUUGUCAGGGAGACUUGUUACGCCAUUAUCUACUGCAUGAGCCGCUUGGAGAUGCAAUUUUACGGCUUUAGCGAGCUACCUGGUCCGCUUGCGCAGGCCCUUUUCCAGAACUCCUUCCAUCUCUCGGCCCACCAGCAAAUCAACCUGCUCAACCUUGUGAGGUACCUGGUGGACGACUGUCCAUUGGAGCAACGAGAACACUUCCUUCCCCCACUGCUGGCAGCGUGUUUCCAGCAGAUGGAUGCCAAGAUCAACGCGGAAUGGGAGAACCUCGAGCGCCAGCAGGCUAUCCAGGCCGCAGCUGACGCUCUCACAGAAGAGAUGAAGUCUGAAAGUAUCUUGCGCCAAGUCACGUAUACCGCGGUGAUCAUGGUGGCGGAUUUCUUGGACCCCACGAAGAGGAGUGAGUCUAUUCUUUUCCACCCUGGAUUUGCUCGUUUCCUUACGCCGAUUCGUCAAAACACCGUCUCUCCCUUCCCUCGGUGUAAAACCCCUGAUUGA